AAUGUGAUGAAGAGACACAUCUCCCUCCAGCCGGGCGGUGGCGACAAUGUGCCGUAUGACAUGUUUCCCGACUGCCAUAAAACCCUAACAGAAGAAGAAAAGCGGCUCUCUCUCUCUCUUUUAUGACGACAGUUUUAAGAAGGAAAACAUGUCGUUAAUGAGCUUUUUACCCGUGCCAACUCAGCUGUCUCAAGACCAGCUUGAGGCAGAAGAAGCACAGAGGUCUCAUUCCACUGCUCUGGUGUCAACCCGCAAAGAACCUCCUCCUUAUGGAUCACGAAAAGGAUGGGUGCCCCGCACUAUGGAGGACUUCGGAGAUGGUGGUGCAUUCCCAGAGAUCCACAUGGCUCAGUACCCACUUGAAAUGGGCAGGAAGAAGAAGACCUCCAAUGCCCUUGCCUUACAGGUGGAUGCGGAGGGGAAGAUUAAGUAUGACGCGAUUGCACGUCAAGGACAGGGAAAGGAUAAGGUCAUAUUUAGUAAAUACACAGAUCUGCUUCCAAAGGAAGUGCUUCAUGACGAUGCUCCCGGACUGCAGAAACCUGACGAGGAAGCAGUUAAAGAGCUCACAGAAAAGACCAGAGCUGCUCUAGAUAAGCAGGUGUCGCAGAAGAUUGCUGCCGCCAUGCCUGUCCGAGCAGCAGAUAAACAGGCUCCGGCUCAGUACAUACGGUACACACCUUCACAGCAGGGCGUAGCGUUUAACUCCGGGGCUAAGCAAAGGGUCAUCCGUAUGGUGGAGAUGCAGAAAGACCCGAUGGAGCCACCACGGUUUAAGAUUAAUAAAAAGAUUCCUCGUGGUCCUCCAUCUCCUCCCGCUCCAGUCAUGCACUCUCCCAGCAGAAAGAUGACUGUGAAAGAACAACAAGAAUGGAAGAUUCCUCCUUGCAUUUCCAACUGGAAGAACGCCAAGGGUUACACAAUCCCACUGGACAAGCGUCUGGCUGCUGAUGGAAGAGGACUCCAGACAGUUCACAUCAAUGAAAAUUUUGCCAAGUUAGCUGAGGCUCUCUACAUCGCAGAUAGAAAGGCGAGAGAAGCUGUGGAGAUGCGCGCUCAGGUGGAGAAAAAGAUGGCACAGAAAGAAAAAGAGAAAAAGGAGGAGAAACUCAGGGAACUGGCAAAGAUGGCCCGAGACAGGAGAGCAGGGAUCAAAAGCCAUGGAGACAAAGGUGGUGAAGACGGUGAGGUUAGGGAGCGUGAAGAGAUCCGUCAUGACAGGAGGAAGGAGAGGCAGCACGACAGGAACAUCUCCAGAGCCGCCCCCGAUAAAAGGUCUAAGCUGCAGCGGGACCAGGACAGAGACAUCAGUGAGCUGAUCGCCCUGGGUCAGCCCAACCCACGUAUCUCCAGCGAGGCUCAAUACGAUCAGCGCCUCUUUAAUCAGAGCAGGGGCAUGGACAGCGGCUUUGCGGGAGGAGAGGACGAGGUAUAUAAUGUAUAUGACCAACCCUUCGGAAGAGGCAGAGACAUGGCACAGAACAUCUACAGGCCCAGCAAGAACACAAGCAAGGAUAUGUAUGGAGAUGAUCUGGACACCCUCAUGCAGAGCAACAGGUUUGUCCCUGAUCGGGAGUUUUCUGGUACAGAUCACGGCCCACGUAGGGAUGGACCUGUCCAGUUUGAAGAAGAUCCUUUUGGUCUGGACAAGUUCUUGGAAGAAGCCAAGCAACACGGUGGCUCCAAGAGGCCGUCAAGCACCGGGCGCUCAAAGGACUAUGAUCAUGACAAGAAGCGCAGGAAGGAGUGAGCAGCACAGCCAGCACGUGUUUGUUUAGGACAUGCACCAGCUUUCAAAGUCACGACAUAAGGAAUAGCAAGAUGUACCAGGUGAUUAUACCAGGUGUCGGUAAACGUCAACAGUCAGCCACCAACUAUUUGUGACCUGACGCUGGCUCCUGGCAAAGUCACAUAUUCUCUUAAUAUUCUUAUUAAAUUUUGUAUCAUAAAAAUUGUGAAGUGAUUUAGCAAGCAAGCUAGCUGUGUAUAACUUGCUUGUGUUCUGUUUUAACACUUUACUCCCCCCUUGCGUCCCUUCUUUGUUUUCAUUCCUGUUGUUCGCUCCUCUGCUGAAAUACUAGUAAAGCACACUAGUACACCAGCCCUCCUGAAUACAUCAUGGACCUUUUCCUGCACAUUUUUUUUUUUUUAUAAUUAGUCUGAGCAGUAAAGUGAGUUGUAUUAUGUAUUUGGGCUUCUGUUGUUGAAUAAAUCGAUCCUGUUCAGAUUCCA